GGCAGUAUAAGACAGACUUUCCCAUACAGCGGACUCCCGCAUUUUUGUAGUUCCGCAUUCGCAAAUUAUUUUUUUUUUAACCCUAGCCCCUGUUAAUCGCAUUUUUUAGGGAUUUUUUUCAUGCCAUCUAUAAUAAGCGUAAACUAUUUCCAGAUAUUCACUAUUCACGGUCGGGACCGGUCCCUAUCCUCUGCGAAUAGCGGAAAAAUCACUCUGGCCUUUGGUGACUUUAAUCGGGACUGAGACACAAAUUCCGCCCAAUUGCUUGUAUUGUUUUCAAUCUUUAACCGGUUUAACAUUUAUGAUUGUUUGCCCGGACUGGUUUCCAAGCUGAUUUAAAAUCACUCUUAAAACACCCCACACCACAGAAUAAUCGCUAGGGAUGAUCUUUCAGAGACAUCAGACAAUCGGGCCUUUGCUAAAAAUCGGUACGUGUGUACCCCACUAAAGUUAACAGACAGUCCACAUCCUUAUCAAGCUUUGUUUACCGGGCACACAAUGGCGAUUGCGGUGUAAGCAGUUUUAGGCCGGUGCUGUGUGGAACAUACUGGUGGCGGGGCAGGGUGGACAAUGGUGGGGACCGCUCGCCGCCCCCCUGGGUCUCACAGCCCGGUGUCCUCACAGCAUGGGCUCGGGCCGGACACUGAAGUUGGUGGUGUGCGAGGCGCUGCAGUUUGCCGGCCUGUGUGUGCCGCUCUUUGUGAUCAUGCAACGCUUCGCUGCCAUCGUGGCCAAGGUCCAAGGUGAGGGGGGCACCGGCGGGGCCUACUGGCUCAUCGUGGCCUCGUCGGUGGCCUAUGUCACGUCCGCCACCCUCCUGGUCUGGGUGCCCCUCAAGUACAUGGUGUUCGCCAAGAAGAGAUUCCUGGUCGGGAGGAAGAAGUGGAGGCCCGUGGCCCUCGUGUUUGUGAUCCUCUCCACGAUGCCCUGCUUUGCCUUUCUCAUCGCCAGCUCGGAGGUCCAAAUCCGCAACAAGCUGCGUCACGACACGUUCGCCGAGUUGCCCGUGUCGCUUAUCCUUUUCUCCCUCAUUAGCAUGGAUGUGGUGGAAAGGAUACGGCACUGCAGGCUGACGGGACAGGAUAACGUCCUGGAGAGAGAUCCCGACAUCCCCUCCUCAGUGCUGACGCACGUGGAACAGGUCACCCCCAUCGCUCCUGCUGUUCAGGGGUCCGGAAUGACGGGCACUGGAAGGGCUGGUCCCAGUUUGCCCCCAGGGCAGGUGGUGGGCUCCCCCGCAGUGCCGGCGGGGGCGACAGGCCAGCGGGGGGGCGACAGAACCCACAACGGCUCCAGCCGUAGACCGGAGACCAACGGCACCAUCCCGGGAAUACCCGGCAACGCCAGGAGGGCGGUGCGCAUUCCGGAAUCGAGCCCCCACGUGGCGCAGGCCCGCUCGGGCCCACUGCGGUUCCUGUGCGCCAGCGAUGCCCGCGCUGACGUGUUCGUGGACGGCUUCAUGUUCUGGAUGGACACAGCGGAGAUGACUCGGGUGGCGUCCCACCCGCUGGUUUGCUACUCGGGCUGGGUGUCCCCCAUUUACGUCUUCUGCUGCCUGUCCUGCCUGCGGGUGGUGGUCGUGCCCAACGACCCGCUGCUGUCCUCGCUGGGCGUCGCCUUCCAGGACCUGCCCUUCCUGUUCGUGCGAGCCGGCCUGCUGGCCAUCUUCGGUUUGGUCACGCCGCUGCUCUACCUAAUGAAGAAUGUGCUGGUGUGCCUGGCCUUCGUCUACUUCAACUUCAUGACCAAGCUCAGGAUCUUCAACACACAGAGGAUGUACUUGUAAACCGCCAGCUCCGCAAAAAAAAAAAACAGAGAAAAAUUAACACCUUUCAUCAAGUGUUGUUUGUUUCUGUUUUUUCUUCUUCUUAACUGCAGAUGGUUGAGGAAGAAUAUUUUUGGUGCAGUAUAUUACAGUUAUGACAAGUAAAAAGCACUAAUGGAGAAACACAGAAAUGCAGAGAAACUGGAGUUAAAGGCAAAAUAAAAAGGGAGUAUUUUGGGAGGAAUGUCACGUAGCUCCACAACAACAUGUGUCUGAGUUCACUGGAAUGCUAAUUGCUGCUAACACGCUAUACUUUUUUUUCCCCACAAUUUCAAGCAGUUGCCAGUUGUGGUGGAUGUUUGUGUUUCUGCAUGAUGGCGUUUCAGACAGUGUAGUCCUGCAGUCGCUUGAAAAUGGACCGGAAUCUGCACCCAGCCUAGCGGAUUGUUUUGCAAAUUAGCACAUGGAAACAGUUUAGCCUACACACGUAUUUGACUGUUCACAUGUAUUGAAGGGUGUUGCUGUGUUGGUUAGCAACUGAGUUCAAAUGGGAUCAGCGUCUGUGAAAUUACAAUUACUGUAAAUCUAUUUUUGGAAAAGGGGGGUUUUAAUGUAUUGGAGUGGGACGUUUAUUUGUGGAUUUGUAGCUUCCUCUUCCCAUUUGUAAUAAAUAUUUGUAUUUAAAAAGGAAGCCUUCUCAACAGUACUU